CCUCCUCCUCCUCACCGGCUCUGCCUUCCCCACCUCCCGCCACUCUCAUUCCUCGCCGUACCGAGCCCCGGCUGCCACGGAACUCCGCUCGGUAGCGGUGCCAGGGACCCCCCCUCCCCACCCCGGGCUGCGGUGACUCCCGGCCGAGGCCAUGGACCCCAAGGAGCGCAAGAAGAUCCAGUUCUCCGUGCCGGCCCCCCCCAGCAACCUGGACCCCCGCGCCGUGGAGAUGAUCCGCCGGCGGAGGCCCACGCCGGCCAUGCUCUUCCAGCUCUCCGAACACUCCUCGCCAGAGGACGAGAACCUGCCCUACCAGCGCUCGGGCGAGGGCUGCCUGCUCAAACCAAAGAGGACCAACCCGUGUGCCUACACCCCGCCCUCGCUCAAAGCCGUGCAGCGCAUCGUGCAGUCCCACCUGGAGAGCGGCAUGGGCGGCGGUGACAGCUCCGACGGGGAGCCCGACGACGGCUGCGACCCCGACAGCGCCCUGGAGGCUGCCCCGGGGAGCCAGGGCAGAGCCGAGCGCAGCUACUUCCCCGCCGGGCUCAAGGCGCACAAGAGGAAAGGCGGGCAGAAGGUGUCCUUCGCCGGCGGCAUCGACGAGCGCGAGGAGGACCUGAAGUCCCUCACGGUGUCAGAGAUCCCCGAGGACCCCGAGGGCGCGGAGGGUGACGAGGAGGAGCCGGGCCAGGAGCAGGACGGUGGCACCGGGGAGCGGCGACACGUCGGCUUCGCCGAGGUGCCCUCGCGCCCCAUCGGCACCGAGCGCCACUCGCCCACCUUCCCGCUGGGCACCAGUUAGCUGGCACCGGGCACCGGGCACCGGCCCCCCCCCGGCACCCCCCGGCCCCCGCAGCUUCGCCCGUGCCCCCCGGCUGCCCCCCGCCCGCCCGCUGCCUGCGCUUCGCCUGCCGUGCGCCGUGUGCUGCGCCAUGCUGGGCCCUGGGCCCCGCGCCGUGCCGUGCUGGGCCGUGCCGGGCCAUGCUCGUCCAUGCUGGUCCAUACUGGUUCAUGCUGGGCCGUGCUGGUCCAUGCUGGUUCAUGCUGGGCCAUGCUGGUCCAUUCUGGUCCAUGCUGGGCCAUUCUGGUCCAUGCUGGGCCAUUCUGGUCCAUGCUGGGCCAUGCUGGGCCGUGCUGGUCUAUGCUGGGCCGCACUGGGCUGUGCUGCGCCAUAUUGGGCCCUGUGUCCUGUGCUGGUCCAUGCUGGUCUAUACUGGUGUAUACUGGGCCGCGCUGGGCCGUGCCGUGCCACGCUGGGCCCUGUGCCACGCUGGUCCAUGCUGGUCUGUACUGGGCCGCACUGGGCCGUGCCGUGCCACGCUGGGCCCCGUGCCACGCUGGGCCCUGUGCCACGCUGGUCCAUGCUGGUCUGUACUGGGCCGCACUGGGCCAUGCCGUGCCACGCUGGGCCCUGUGCCGCGCUGGUCCAUGCUGGUCUGUACUGGGCCGCACUGGGCCAUGCCGUGCCACGCUGGGCCCUGUGCCACGCUGGUCCAUGCUGGUCUGUACUGGGCCGCACUGGGCCAUGCCGUGCCACGCUGGGCCCUGUGCCACUCUGGGCCGCGCCAGGCCGCAUCGGGACCCCCGGCCACGGCCGCCCCCUCCCCGCGGGCCUCGUGCCCCCCCGGCUGCCGGCGCAGGGGCCGGGGACGGGACCCCCGGGCGCUGGCGGGGCCCGGGCCCCCCCUGGCUGCUGCCCCCCGGCCCCACGCGAGCAGAGCCCCCCGCCCGCAAUAAACGGCUGUACAGAG